AUGGCUACACUUCCUCUAGAACUUGAAGAGAUAAUCGUAUAUGAGGCCUGCCAUUCUGAAAUGCCGUCCUACAUCCGUAAAUCGGUCAUGAUUACUUGUCCUUUGGUUAACCGAAUGUGGAAAGCGGUCUUUGGCCUAAUCGCUUCCCGGGAUGAUUUCAUCGCCUGGCUUACCCACACCGUUACCUGGGUUUUCGAUACCUGGAAGCACAUCGAGGGCAGAGAUGCCUGGAAGACUCGUGCAGCCAUCUGA